AUGAACACCCCAUACUUUGAGUUUCAAUCCUCUAACUUUUCGGAGGCUAACAUGUUCUCCACAGGGAAAACUGGGGAGAGCCGUGACACAUCCAGCCGUGUGACAUUGUACCAAGAGACCGGAUUGAUUCAUAGCUACACCAUCGAGGCCUCGCACGUCAUUGGGAACUCGCUGAAUUCGGUUGUAGGCCUUUCAAGCCCUUUGGUGGAAGAACCCGAGGUGGUUCAAGGGACACUAUCCCCCAAGUACACGCAAUCGGUAUUCGCCGACAUUGGAAAAGGUCUACUGGUGGCUUUACUUGAUCUCAAGGGUUGGAAUCCCUUAAGUCGCCUUCCUCUUACACAGUUUCACAAUGCCAAAGGACUGCUUGCCACGCUUCAGCGGCAAAUUCAGAUUGAAAUUGCGGAGCGAUUUUUUAAAAUGGCGUUUAUGAAUUGUGGGCAGGCGGCAAUUUCCCGAGACUCGGGUGGGGAUCCGCUGUGUGCCGUGAUGUCGGCUUUGAAGUCAGAGGAUAUUCCUGGUGCAAUAACAAUCAAAGAUGGUCGAGGAAUUCCCGUGGUAACAAUACGAGGACCCUUGGAGUUCUUGCCACUUGAUCAGGCCGUGCAGCUUCUGACGCGCACGCCCCCGUUGUGUCCGCCUCGUACACUACUUUGCAGCACGGGAAAACGGGCAGUAACGCAAGCUGGUGGUGGGUUGGCCGGGCGACGCUCCCUGAGUAACGCCGAUGCCGGCACUCUGGCUGCUGCUGCGCUUGCCGUGAUGGGACGAAAGUCCCUCACGGGUGCGAAUUGA